AUGACCCUGCGCCCCAAAUGCCUCCCACCCAGCCCCAACGGUGGAAGCCUGCAGAAGCCGGCGGCCCCCCUUCACGCCCGGCUGGGAGGCUACCAUGAGAUGCAGCCAAUACAACAGACGGAAGGAAACGCGACCAGGAUUGUGGAAACAACUCGGCGAAGAUAUACUCCGAACAAUAACCACGAUGGAUGGCACCGAGGCCAGGCUAUCCAAGGUCAUUUGACAUUCUGUGGCUGUAUCUAUCCUUAUACAGAGCUGGCGCCCCACCCUGCCCGAUCCCAGGCUUUGGCGAGGCGUCUCUGUGGCCGGGCCCGAGGGACCAGGCGCCCCGAUGGCGAGGAGGAGGAGAAGAAGCAAGGCCGAGAAUCGGUCCCCAAGGGUCGCCCAGAGGACCCUCUCUCCGCUCCCUUCCAUUACUUUGCAUCGCGCGCCAAGCCCUCCGGAUUCCCGAAAAGGCCUGGCCAGGCGACGCUGCCUCUCCCUGACGGGCUGUCACAUUCACCUCCAAGAAAGUGGGAAUCUCCGACGACGCGUGUGUCUGUGGAUUGCUCAGGCGCCCCCUGGAACGGGUGGGACCGGGAGCGCAACCGCAUUGAAGUAAAAACUGAGUUGUUUGUUUUUCCCCUUCUCCCGCGCUAUCUAGGCGAGGGAAGUCUUGGUGUCAGGGCUACGGGAACAUCCUGGUUUGAGGAAGGAAAAGCGCGACUGAUCUUUCACCGUGGAACCCCCUCUCCCCACAAAGCCAUACACAGUCCCGCACGUUUGGGUCCAGAAAUACUUCUCAUUUAUUGGCUGUUGUUUUGAGACGGGAUUACUGAGACAUCAUUUUACCCCUCUUUCCUCAAACCCCAUGUCACAUCCACAUGUAAAGAAGUCCUAUAACACUUUAAUUGUAGUUCUGUGAGAGCAACACUCUUAACAGGCUAUGGUCCUCAGGAUUCUUUGGGGGAAGCCAUCAUUGUUUAAAGUGGGGCAAACAUAUGAUGAGCGUGUGACUCCAGUCUGUUCCGUACAUUUCCCAUUCGGUAUGUCCUGCCCCCCCCCGUUGAUGUCAGGCAGCAUCUGUGGAACUCUCUGCCUCAUUGACAUCUGCUGCCCUACAAUCCUAACCCCUAUUUUGCCGUCUACUGAAGACCAGAGCUGAAACUGUAGAUUUCCUCCCACCCCGCCGCCCCCAGACUUUAUCUCUCAGAGCCCACAAGACAUGAAAAUGUUGACAUCUGUUUAUUCCCACCUUUUGGUAGGGGUGUACGAAGGGGGGGGGGCAGGGGGCAGUCCGCCCUGGGUGCCACCCUGAUGGGGGUGACAAGAUGGUAUUCUGCCUCACCCCAGCUGUAGAGCGGCCAAGAGCAUGCACACAGCGUGUGUAUGGGCUGCUGUGCAUCCACUGUCUGUACGGGCGCCGCACAUGUGCAUUCUGUACAGUCGCCACACAUGCGCAGUUUGAGACCGCACUGACCUAUCUAUUCUGAAUGUUCUUAUGUGAUGCCAAUAAAGGUGACUUGACUUAA